GCCAAACACCGUUCUGAGAUUACGAUUCAACCACUUUGCCACUGAGUGCAGCUGGGACCAUCUCUACGUUUACGACGGUGACUCCAUUUACGCGCCGCUGCUCGCUGCUUUCAGUGGGUUGAUUGUUCCGGAGCGAUACGGGAAUGAGACGGUUCCUGAGGUGGUGUCCCAGUCCGGCUACGCCCUGCUGCACUUCUUCAGUGACGCAGCCUACAACCUGACAGGCUUCAAUAUUUCAUACAGGGUCAACACGUGUCCCAACAACUGCUCCGGCCGCGGCGAGUGCCGGGUGGGGAACUCCACCACCUCCGUUUACUGCGAGUGUGAAGCCAACUGGAAGGGGGAAGCCUGCGACAUCCCAUACUGCCUGGAUGACUGCGGUUACCCUGAAAGGGGCCACUGCCAGGGAAAGAGCUGCAUCUGCAAAGCCGAAUGGCAAGGUCCGGACUGCUCCGUCUCGGUUCCUGCCAACUCCUCGUUUUGGAGCCGUGAGGAGCACCUGGAGCCCGGCCUGGCCAGGGCGUCCCACAAGGCUGUGGUGGAGCAGGGCGUCAUGUGGGUCAUCGGAGGCUACGUCUUCAACACGUCCGACUACCACAUGGUCAAAGCUUACAAUCUCAGCAGCAAUACCUGGCUGACCCUUGACCCCUCCGUCAACACGGUGACCCCUCGAUACGGCCACUCGCUCGCUCUUCACGAGGGGAAGAUCUACAUGUACGGAGGAAAGAUCGACUCAACCGGGAAUGUGUCGAGCCAGCUGUGGGUUUUCCACAUCCAGAACCAGACCUGGGUCCUCCUCAACCCGCGGCCCAAGGACCAGUACGCUGUGGUGGGACAUUCGGCCCACAUAGUGCCGCCCGCGCAGGAGUGGGACAGUCCCGUCAUGCUGGUCCUGUUCGGACAUUGUCCUCUUUACGGUUACAUCAGCAAUGUGCAGGAGUACAACAUUGGUGAGUGGCUCCAGCUGCUUUCAUGUUCUAAGACAUAAGUGUAAUUAAUCGAAUGAAUCUCAGUUAAUCACUUAUUGAAAUAACCAUCAACUAAUUUAGUAAUUAAUUAAUUGCUAACUGGAAUAUACAGACUC